AUGGAGAGGAUUAUCAAUGUCACCCUUUCGGCAUCGUACUUUAUCACCUCCCUCAAGGUCAACACCUCGCCCACGGCUAGAAGAACCCCCCUUAAAAAAAUUUCAUCGCCAGCGCAACCCAUCCCCGUGGUCCCCAACACUGCAUCAUUCAUCAACGAAGCCCGCGCAGGAUUCGAUGCAGACUUGAAGUCGACUUCUUCGUCGUCUAACGCCAAAGACAGACAGGAACUCCUCACCUCGAUCCAGAGCUUUGCGUUUCAAUUUCUCAAAGCCGCAGCCGACUCCCACUCCCACUCCUACUCUCCCGGGGGAAAAGGGGAGGAAGACCGACCAAGCAUAGAAGAGACUGAUAGUACAGAUGUCCUCUCGCGGCAAGGGCUCGACGUGCUCUGGUACAUGUUCACAGAGACGGCACAGGUCGUCGACGCGGACGACGCCUUUCAGGACUCGGUUGUGGGGUUGUUCGGGCAGAGUUUGCGGCUCACGUGGAGGCAGUUGAUCGCGAUGAAUUUGCCGAGCGCCGCCGCCGCCUCGCAGCAGCAGCAGCAGCAGCGACAACGUAAUCUCGCGGCUUUUUCUGCUAGGGUCUUGGCGGUUGGGUUGUGUAGAGAUUUGAUUGCUGGGACAGCAUUCUGGAUUCUUUGCAAGACUUUGGAAGAUGACGACGACGAAGACGACGAAGACGACGACGACGACGGGAUCACGGAUGAUCCUCCGCCGCUUCUACUACUCCCCGACGUCGUCGUCUGGCUGGAACACGCCUCGCAUGAACUUCUCGCGCGCUGUUGCUCUUCGUCUUCCGCCCACCGGCGCGAUCCCACCGCGACGUACUCAAUCUCACCAGUUGACGACCCCUCCACGGAUCAGGCUACUACCGCGGAAGCCGCCCAGAGGUUUUUCAGCGACAGCAGCAGCAACUUUUAG